CUCCUUCAGUCAUCAGACUGAGGAUCAGAGCGACCAGGGACUUUUGUUUUUUAUUUAAAAAAAAAAACAUAUUUUACUACAGAGACCUUCGACUCUAUUUAUUAUUUAUUUAUUUUUCAAAGAACCUUUAGCGUUGGUGAGUAGAUUCUUCUGCCAUCUGCCGUCUUCUGUCUUCUGCGAUGUAUCCGGACGCAAAACUGAGCUACAGCUAUGAGGACUGCAAGGCCACUGCUGACUGGCUGCUGGCCCAGACAGAUGUCAGACCCUUAGUUGGGAUUGUGUGCGGCUCGGGACUCGGAGGACUGGCGGACAUGCUGAAGGACCAGGUGGCCUUCAAUUACAAGGACAUUCCGAGCUUUCCUCAAAGUACCGUGCACGGACACGCAGGGCGACUGGUGUUCGGCACUUUGAAGGGACGAGCGUGUGUGUGCAUGCAGGGACGCUUCCAUCUGUACGAAGGCUACCCCAUCCAGAAGAUAACACUGCCCAUGCGCAUCUUCAAGCUGCUCGGGGUGCAGACGGUGAUACUGACCAACGCCGCGGGUGGCCUCAAUCAGGACUUCAAAGUGGGGGACAUCAUGAUCAUUAAAGACCACCUCAACAUGCCGGGCUUUGCCGGAAAUAACCCGCUGUCAGGACCCAACGAUGACAGGUUCGGUGUGCGGUUCCCCUGCAUGUCCGACGCCUACGACAGAGAGCUUCAGCACCUAGCCAUGGAAGUGGGACAGGAGCUGGGUUAUGCUGACUUCCUGAAGGAGGGCGUCUACUGCGUGCUGGGAGGACCCUCGUUCGAGACCGUGGCCGAGUGUCGAAUGCUGCACAAACUUGGAGCUGAUGCUGUUGGCAUGAGCACAGUUCACGAAGUGAUCGUGGCACGUCACUGUGGAAUGCGCGUGUUUGCGCUCUCAUUGAUCACAAAUCAAGCCGUGAUGGACUAUGAGAGUGAGGAGAAGGCCAACCAUGAAGAGGUCCUGCAGACGGGGAAGAGCAGGGCAGAGCAGCUGGAACGACUGGUCUCCACCAUGGUCACCAAGAUCAGCCACAACCACUGAGUUGCUAACUGGCUUUGAGUACUACUUCAGCCUUGAGGCCGGCAGCUGAGCUGCUCGGGGUCAAAUGAGGUGCUAAUCUGAAGAACCUUAAAUCAAUAGAGAUCACAUGACAUGUCAAAAUUGCAGAGCUCGCGCAACCUUUGCUUUUUCACCUGGCUGUUUCUACCCGUUUCACAUUCCUCUUUGAGACGACACCGCCGCUUUUACACAACGUUAACAUAUAUUGUAACUUAAUAUUUGAUCUGCUACUGUAAAUGUCUGCAGCUUUAACUUAACAAUGGACAAGAAAUCUUCUGUAAAUGUCGUAAUGUUGCGUUGCUGAAAUUUGUUUUACCUAGAGAGAUAUUCCUAGGAGAUAUUGCAUUGUUGUUGUUUUUUUAUUUUGAUAUGAACAUUAUUAUUAAAGGUACUAUUUAUUACACUCA